AUGGCUUCGUCGUACAUCCACCCGUCCCUGACGCCCCUAGGGCCAUAUUCCUUAGAUCCACGCUUUGCGUUGACAUCCUCGACGACGACGACUACUCACAUUUCCAGUGACAGAGGCGCUAGCGGCAGUGCCGAGGCCUCCUCUUCGUCAGUUUCCUCCUCAUCUGACUAUGUCGCCAAUCCUUUCACCAAGAUUAACAAUCGGUCCUAUUUUCGCGACCCCGAAAAUCCAUAUCCUCUGCCAUGUGACCUGCCAGAAAUCCACCGACAAUCGUUGCGAACCAUGACCCUGAUGCGAGUCUUUGGUGCUCCGUCCUGUGCGCCACAGCUCGAGGGGAAGAGCCCGAAAAGGGUCUUGGAGUUAGCCUGUGGAUCGGGUCUCUGGUCGAGCGCAUGCCAUGACUAUUUAGCUCGUCGCGGGCAGAAGGAUACAACUUUUAUCGGCCUGGAUAUCAUUUCACUCGCGCCGAACCUGCGCAAAAAGGGCGUCAACUGGCAAUUCGUGCGGCACGAUCUCCGCAAACCGUCCCUUCCAUUUCCAUCCGAGCACUUCGAUUUCGUAUUCAUCAAAGAUGCCAGUCUGUGCCAGUCAGCCACUGCGCAACAGAUCGACCUGCUUAGCGAGCCAUUACGUGUCUUGAAGCACGGAGGUGUUCUGGAGGUUUGGGAUUCCGACUAUGUGUUUCGUGCGCUUCUGCCGAAUCCGACCCCGCCUCCGAAGCUGGCUGAGAAGGAUCAGGACCAGGCCUACACUACAGCGACGUAUACCAUCUCAUCAGCCACGCCGUUCGCCGCCGCACAGAACAAGUAUUUACUGGACUAUAAUUCAUGGGUAGAGAAAGCCUUUGAAAAGCACAAGCUCUCAGCCAUGCCUUGUGCCACGAUCGGACUCUCGUUUACUGCAGAGGCUGAUGCGUUCCAGAGAGUGGGAAGUCGUCGCAUUGCUAUCCCCCUUGGCGCCGAGGUGCGAUGGGAACAGACUAAAAAGCAGCGGAAAUUGACUGCAGACCAACUCUCACUUCGUCAAAUGGCUCUGCUCACGAUCAUUCAAAUGAUCGAAGGUAUGGAGCCUAUUUUGAAGGAAGCCAGUGGAAAGAGUCAAGACGAAUGGGACAGGUGGUGGGCGGCUAUGACAGUGGAUUUGCUGCAGAAAAAUGGACUUGCCAAUGGCGAGUGCCUUGAAGUCGGCGCUUGGUGGGGACAAAAAGGAUAA